UUCGCGAAACAAUGCGGUCGCCGUACGAAGAAAGCGCUGCUGCCGCCGACCACAAAUACCAAUACCAAUACACCGCGGCCAAUAAUAACAAUAAUUACUAUAAAAACUAUAAUGUGAAUGGCAAUGGGCAGGCGAAUGGAAAUGGGAAUAUAAGUGGAAUUGGUAAUGGAAAUGGAAUUGGAAUUGGUAACGCCAACGGCAACGGCAAUGGAAAUGGAAUACCUUAUCACGCGCGCGAGAACUCGCUGCCAUUUAGCUAUGGCAUAGCCAAAACUUCGACCCCGCUGCGCAAAACUCCGACACCGACGCGAGCGGAUAGUUUUCUAGACUUUGAUUUCGGGCCAACGAAUACGAAUGUGAAUGCAAAUAGUUCUAGCAAUAAUGUCGGUACUGGCGAUAUGAUAAAGCCACCAACACGGCUGACGAGCCCUUUGCUGGUGCGCAAAACGCUGGGCAAUGGCGUUAGUCCCACCAGUUCGACCAAUACCAACACCAUAGCCAAUACAUACCACUACAGGUCGAGCAGCGCAACGCCGACGCCGGUGAGAGAUAAUUUCGAGCAGCUGCUGCGGGAGCGACGCGAAAAGGUCUACAAUGAAUAUAGGAAUCUGGACAGGGAGUCGUCGGGGGAGCGAGCCCGAGUGGCACCCGCUCCGCCCCAGAGGCAGUACUAUCCGAGCGAUGGCUACGGCAAUGGGCUGAAAACGGAUAGUAAUGGAACCCUUUACCGGAAGAGUCCCUCGUCGAAUGGGAAAUCCACGAAAUACAACUACGAUUUUGAGUUCAAUCUGAACCUGGAUGAUGUAAGGCCCGAACCCAAUCGGUAUACGACGAGGAAUAUUCAGUUCGAGGAUCUGCGGCUGGAUCAGGAUGUGCCAGAUGGUGUGGUCAAUCGGCGGACCAUGGAACGCAAUUAUCACACAAUUAACAGCUUGGAAACGACCCACAAACGCCAGCAGUUGGAGCCGUUGGAGCAACUGGGCGCCGUUUAUGGCCAGAACCACAUGGAGGAGACACUCAUGCGCACACGUCGCGAUCUCUCCGCAUCCACAUCGACAUCCAAGUCCACCUCGCCAUUGCCAGCAAUAGGAGCACCAGCCAUCGCAGCUGCACCAGCUUCGCCCAUUUAUGCCACCAGUACGAAGAGAGUGAGCAACCCAAAUACCAAUGGCCAACAGCAGAUGACGCCUAGUCCCACCAGCAGGCCAGAAACGCCCGCCUUUCCGGUCACGCCGCGCACGCCUUUUGGGGCAUCAUCGUCAUCAUCAUCUGCGUCUCUGACGACGACGACCCAAUUGCCCCCGGAGUCCAUCUACCAAACAGGGCCACGUCGUGGCCUACCGCCAGCUCUGCAGCCACUCGAGGUGUCCGCCGAUUCCGUGCAAUUCGCCCGGAGUUCGUCCCAGUUCUGGUACAAACCAAAUCUCACGCGCGAGGAUGCCAUCGCUCUGCUGGCCGCCGCCCAGCCAGGCACGUUCCUGGUUAGGGACUCUACCACGUACAAGGACUCCUAUGGCCUGGUGGUGAGGGUGGCCCAACCGCCCGCCGGUUCGCAGGAGCUGGUGCGUCACUUCCUCAUCGAGCCGACGAAGGGCGGAGUGCAUCUGAAGGGCUGCGAUGACGAGCCGGUGUUCACAUCACUGUCCGCCCUCGUCUUCGAGCAUUCCAUAAGCCAGCUGGCGUUGCCGUGUCUCCUCCGGCUGCCCGAUCGGGAUAUAGUGCCACCGGUGCGGGCCACUACACCCGCCCAGCAGCAUCUACUUGCCCACGGGGCGGCCACCAACGUGCUGUGGCUCUACUCCUGCGACACGGAAUCGCUGACCGGCAACGAGGCCAUCCGCAAGGCCAUCCGGCUGAUGUAUGGCCAGCGACCCCUGCCGCAGCCCACGGAGGUGCACUUCAAGGUCUCCUCGCAGGGCAUCACGCUCACGGACAACACGCGCAAGAAGUUCUUCCGGAAGCACUACACGGCGGAUGUUAUCUCGCACUGUGCCAUCGAUCCGGAGAAUCAGAUGUGGACCAGCGAGGGCGAGAGCGACAAGAAGACCAUCUUCGCCUUCGUGGCCAGGAGGUCGCACAGCUCCACGGACAACCAGUGCCAUGUGUUCUGCGACCUGUCCGUCAGCCAGCCGGCGGCGGCUAUUGUCUCGUUCGCCAAUCGAACGCUGCCCACCGAAAAGCUGCGCAACUACGUCCUGUAGGCGGGUGGGGGCGUGGCACGGGUCAACAGGUCAGCAGGCUGGGUUCCACUUCCAACCGGAGUGGAGUGGCGCACAAGCAGGCCAGUGGAACCGAACCAGUGGGUGAUGCGGAGGAGGAGCCCAGCGCUGCAAGAUGUACUAACUAAUCACUUUACGAAAUUGUGUCUUGCGAUACAGUGAGCUUAACUGCGAAUAUGUUAACAGGAAUGAUGUCAGCCGUAGUUUAUUUAGACACGCACACACUCAGAAGUCGGCGAUAUUUAUGGCGAAGCUAAAACAUAUGUACACAUGUGUACUAUCAACUUGAAUUGACUAAACGCACAGUGGGACAAGUGUAUGCCCGAGUUUGAUAAGAUUGGCAACAGUUGGAGACGCCGAUUCAUAUUUGUUUAUACGCCCAAGGUAUAAACAAAGACAUGAGGAUUGUGUUCAAAUUUGAAGAACUUCCAUGUGGCAUUUCAAGGAAUCUCGUACCACUGUGCUGGGGGCGAAGUGAAACUGAUCACCGAAAGUUGACUGUUUAUUAGCAAAAAAACAGUAUGGAUGUGUAUAUUAUUUGCGAGUUGUGUGUUUUUAUAUAGGGUGCGCUUGUCAGACAAACGGAAUUAAACUAAUCUACCACAUAAUUUAAAACCGAUUAAUGUUAGUUUAGAAAGUUGUUGAAUAAAACCCAAAAGUACAAGCUAACCCAGAGAGCUUGUACCCUAAUUUAUACCAGUAAUAUCUAUAUAAAUAUAUAUAUAUGUAUAUGCUUAAGCACUACUAAUGCAGUCAAUAUAAAUAAAGUGCAAUGUUGUUAAACAGAUAA